AUGUCUGCAACCACCAACCGCUCCUUCUGGCAAGACAAGACCGGCGUCCCAGGUAUUAUCCGCGAGACCCCAAUUCCCUCCACUCUCGCCCAGGAUGAAGUCCUUGUAAAAGACAUCGCCGGAACCGUCGAGCGCGUAGGCUCGGGACCCAGUUCCCAGCGCUUCAAAGCCGGCGACCGUGUCCUCGGAUACGCGAUGGGCGAGCCGUCCCUGAGCAAACCUGAAAACGGCGCGUUCCAGGACUACGUAGUGCUAGACCACGCCCUAGCUGUCAAGAUCCCAGACUCGCUAUCCUUCGCCGAAGCCGCCGUGUUCCCGCUCUGCUUGGCUACAGCCGGCCACGCGCUCUUCGGACCCAAGUAUCUCGCUCUUCCCCUCCCCAAAGCCCCCGGCGCCCCAAGAACCGGGAAAUCGGUCCUGGUCUGGGGCGGCGCUUCCGGCGUCGGCAGUAACGCAGUACAGUUGGCGAAAGCAGCCGGGUUCGACGUCCUCGCUACAUGCUCGCCGCGGAACUUCGGAUAUGUGCGUGGUCUGGGCGCGGACAAGGUGUUCGACUACAACAGAUAACACAGACCGAAACAGGUAAGGUCUCGUUAGAUAGUGAGCGCGACGUCAGUACUAGCUUUCUUACAUUGCUAAAGGAGAUGAUGCCCGAGAUUAUCACCGAGGAUCGAGGAUGAAAGGAGGUUCCCAGGUACGCGUGUGAUAAUCCAAUAACCAAGUUAAGCCUCAAAAACAAUGCUCUUGACGUGUAUACGCAGAAUGGAUAUAUUUGUAUCUAUGAUAUAGGUAUAAACGCAUGGAUAAUAAUAGUAAAAAUGCCGAGGCUCCUUAUGGUAUAGUACGAGAAGCAAGGGGUUCAACAAGUAUGGUACAGUUCCUGGUGGGAAGGGAAACAGCGAGACUGGUGGAAAUUAUUUUUGUUAAUACCUACCUAUUGUAACUAACUAUCUUUUAU